AUGUCUUUGGUAGUGCACCAGAACGGCAUUGGCGUCCCCUAUGUGUUGCGCUUGACUGGGCACAAAGGCGCCGUGCUUGCGAAUAGAUUUAAUGAAGAUGGGACUCUCGUGGCUUCUGGGGGAGUGGAUCGAAAUUUGAUAGUUUGGAAGAUCCCAGAUUCGCCAGAGCUGAUCAGGGAAGAGCUGCCCUACGAUUACAAUGUGGCUACUAUAACCAAGUCAGCCAUCACCUCGAUAAAAUGGUCUCACCUCAACGAAAACCAUGUAUUUGUCGCUUCUGCUGACUCGACAGCAACUGUGCUUGAUAUCACUAAAAACAAGAAAAUCAAGACGUUUCACCAUAAGAUGUGUAUCAAUGAAAUAUCCAAUUCGGAAAACGACAUACUUGUGACAUGCUCAGAUGACGGAUCAGUGAAGUUGUGGGACUCACGGUCGAGAUUUGAAAUUGACACCAUCCAACACAAAUAUCCUGUUCUUACAGCUACCAUAGAUGCGAGGGACCAGAGGUUCUAUUUUGCAGGAAUUGAGCCAACAGUGUUCUGCUACGACGCACGCAAAAGGGGCACAUUCUGCUGGGAAGAAUGCAAUCAGACGAAUAAUGUGACCUCGCUUGUGUUGUCUCCAGACGAGUCCUACCUUGUCUCCAAGUCUGUCGAUAACACGAUUAAAUAUUACGACUCGAGGUUGUUUACAAAGGGACUUCGGGCACGGCCGUACGUUUUUGACGGAUCUAAAGCUUCUGCAGAAGAUUAUUUGAUACGUUUGAAAUCAAUCAAGAAAUCUGACGGCAAAGAAUACAUCAUUAGUGGAUCCAAUGAUGCUCAUUUAGUGGCUCCAUCGACGGAUCACUAA